UUUUUCUAUCAAGAAAAAGUUAUUUCGCAAUACAUAUCGUUAUCGUUCUAUCGCCCAGCUCUACUCCUCGGAUAUUAUGGCAGUAGACCUGCAAGGAAUUUUUAAGAACUUUAAAUUUUCAGUGCCUUGAAAUGUAUUAAGACCAUUUCAAUACACUGAAAUGGUCUUGACAUCAUACAGCUUUGUAUGUUAACUGAAAAAAAAAUAGGUAUUAUUAUUUUUCCAGUUGUGUAAUAACUUUCAACAUCUCUCUUACUGCAGUUAUCGAGGAUCAGGAUGGCUGUUCAAACUGACUGUAAAUCAGUUACAAAAGAAAUUAAAGCUCUACAACUCCAUGACAAACCAGCAGCUGUUGGAAUGGUCAAAGAGCCACUGGGGAUGGACAACAUCACACUGAAUAUCGCCAUCACAGGGGAAUCUGGUUCUGGUAAAUCCACCUUUGUUAAUGCCUUCAGAGGUGUGAGUGUUGAUGAUGUGGGAGCUGCUCCGACUGGUGUUAAAGAAACCACCAUAGAGGUCACACCAUACCCCCAUCCAAACUAUCCCAAUGUUAUUUUAUGGGAUCUUCCUGGAGUUGGUACCCCAAAUUUUCCAUCUGACAAGUACCUGGAACGUGUUGCAUUUGAGAAGUUUGACUUCUUCAUCAUCAUCGCGGCUGCUCAGUUCAAAGAGAAUGAUGUGAAACUAGCUCAGGAGAUUCAGAGGAUGGAGAAGAAGUUCUACUUUGUUCGCUCAAAGACUGAUGACGAUAUACGAGCUGAGAAAAGAAAGAAGAGUGACUUCAAUGAAGAGGAGACUCUGACAAAAAUCAGAGACGACUGCGUUCAAGGACUCAGAGGAUUAGGCAUCGAGUCUCCACAGGUGUUCCUGGUGUCCAGCUUUGAGCUCCACCUGUACAACUUCUCUCUCUUACAGCAGACCUUAGACAGAGACCUUCCUGCACACAAGAGAGAUGCUCUGCUGUGUGCCAUGCCCAACUUCAACCCAGAGAUCAUCAGGAAGAAGAAACAAGCUCUGAAGUCCAGAAUAAAAUACUGGGCUACUCUGUCUGCAGCUGGAGCAGCUGUUCCAGUUCCUGGUCUUUCUAUUGAUGUUGACCUUGCUAUGCUGGUUGAUGUUGUCACAGAAUAUGUUUUUGCGUUUGGUCUCGAUAUCCAGUCUCUGAAGAGACUUUCUGCCAGAACAGGUGUGCCAUACGCUGAUCUGCGUGCUGUCAUCAUUUCACCACUGGCUGCAGUAGAAAUAAAUAUACAUCUCCUCAUUAAGGUGAUAGUCCGACUUGGGUCCGUAGCUGCAUUAAUGGCAGCAGAGGAAGUGUCCAGAUGGAUUCCAUUUAUUGGAAUCCCAAUAGCAAUGGGUCUCUCUUUCACCACAACUUACAGAAUUCUGAAUUUGUUCCUUGAUAAGCUCGCUGAUGAUGCUCACGGGGUGUUUGAAAGAGCUUUAGUCUGAACACAUCAGUGUGAAUUUGAAAGUAAAAGAUGAAUGAAACUUAAAAGAGUUCAAAUGAAAUUAGUUUAAACCAUUAAAUAUGAAACCAAAUCAUGUUGCAGCUGCACAUUUGAGCCAUUAUCCUACUAUAGCUGAUAAAUGUAUCAGAGGCCUCAGCAGGUCUCAUUUCUUCUCAUCACAUCAAUACAGGAACAAAUGUGAUGUUAUUAUUCAGAUGAAAACUGCUUAGAAGAGCUUUGUUCUAAUCCUUUGUCUGGUUUGGUGAUGUCAGUACUCUUUUACAGAUCAGGUGAUGUGAUAGUUACUCCUGAAAUGUCGUCAUCUGAGCUUCUUUUGUGAUUUACUUUGUGAUGAAACUCUUUUGUUAUCAUAUCGUGACUUACAGCAUAAUAAAUACUUUUAAUGCAGAGUGUCUGAUGAUGAACAGACGUUUGGCAAAACACAUCGUCAGCCAAUCACACUGAAAAAAAUAUGUACAUCAGUUACAUGUAAUAAAGUCACGUUUAGUCAAACUUUAUUUUUCUGUUUUAUAACU